UCUGGUGGGGACCGCUUUUUGCACCAUCCCUUUUGGCUUGUACUUCCCCUCACGUCAAUACAUGUAACUGCCUAAUUAAGCUGUUGAUUGUGGGCAAAGUCAAUAUUUGCUGGAAAGCUAAGAAUUAUUGUGCCUUUUAUAUGUCUCUAUGAUCACACUAUACACACUAUUUUAAGUGCUAGGAUUCCCUGUUAUUCUGGAGUGUGUGUCUUUCCCAUGUUGCUUCUAUUGACAAGCAACUUAGAUUACACUUUAAACAUGAGCAGAAUAUUUUGCUUGUAAGCAUUUGUAUCCUAUUAAGUAUCAAUUAAUUUGUGUAUAUAUAUAAACCAACCCCCACCCGAUUGUAUAUAUUUUUUUAAGUCCAAUAACAAAUGCAGAUGUCGAUUUCACGAGGAAUUUUUGUUUCUUAUUUUGCUUUAUUUCUUUGUGUUUGUGUUGUUUAUGAACCUUGUGUCCAGGCAUGGAGUAAAGAAGGUCAUUCCAUGACAUGCAAAAUUGCUCAGGAUUUGCUGGGACCAGAGGCGAAGCAUGCUGUCCAAAUGCUGUUACCUGAAAAUGUUAAUGGUGAUUUAUCGGCACUUAGCGUGUGGCCUGACCAAGUAAGACACUGGUAUAAGUACCGUUGGACGAGCCCUCUUCACUUCAUAGACACACCAGAUCAAGCCUGUAAUUUCAAUUAUCAGAGGGAUUGCCAUGAUCCACAUGGUGUUAAGGGUAUGUGUGUAGCGGGGGCAAUUCAGAACUUCACCAAUCAGCUUUCGCAUUAUCGGCACGGAACCUCUGAUCGACGCUAUAAUAUGACAGAGGCCUUGUUGUUCUUGGCACACUUCAUGGGAGAUAUUCAUCAGCCACUGCAUGUUGGAUUCACGAGUGACGAAGGAGGAAACACUAUAGACUUGCGCUGGUUCAGACACAAGUCAAAUCUGCACCAUGUAUGGGACAGAGAGAUAAUUCUUACAGCUGCAGCAGAUUACUACGGAAAGGACAUUGACCUCCUGCAAGAAGACAUUAAGGGAAACUUCACUGAUGGAAUCUGGUCUGGUGAUCUUGCCUCUUGGAGGGAAUGCAGUGAUAUAUUUUCUUGUGUCAACAAGUAUGCUGCUGAGAGUAUAAACAUGGCCUGCAAAUGGGGUUACAAAGAUGUUAAAUCAGGGGACACUCUUUCAGAUGAUUACUUUAAUUCAAGAUUGCCGAUUGUUAUGAAACGCAUAGCUCAGGGUGGAGUCCGUUUAGCUAUGAUUUUGAACCGGGUUUUCGGUGAUAGCAAAGAGGAUUCCUUAAUUGCUACUUAAUUCAACAGUCCCUGUACAUUUUAUUUUAGUUAAUCAUGUUAACAACUUCUUUGUAGCAUUUUCUUUAACCAAAAAAAUAAAAAUAAAAAUAUCUAGAUGGUAGAAUUCACUUGGUAAAAAUGAAUUAAUAAAAAUAAUUUGUUUCACAGUUGAAAGUAUUUCUGA